AUGGGCAAUCUCGCCUGGAAAUUGAGAAGUGAUCAUUCAAUUCAAGAUUUGUGUUUGAGUACAUUUCUUACCAGAAGAUGUCUUAUCUUUAUCAGCCUUUCAGAUCAUUCUCAAGAUGUCAUUUCACACAAUUGAGAAGUUAUGCAUCAGGAUCGAGCGUCUUGCUCUGGUUUCAAAAGGGAGAUAAAGCCGCUGUAUCGAAGAAAUUUAGCCGGGAAGACGUGCGACUUUUCGCCGAACUCUCCGGGGACACGAACCCCUUGCAUACCGAUGAGGAAUAUGCUGCGAAGACGCGAUUUGGCAAGACUGUUGUUCACGGAGUUCUGUUGAAUGGUUUGGCAUCUGCUGUUAUGGGAACCAAGCUACCAGGGCCUGGAACCAUUGUUAUAUCCCAUUUUUCUGAAUUCCCCAAGCCAUUAUUUAUUGGAGAAGAGGUCAUAGCUGAAGUGGAAGUCACUGAUGUCAGAAGCUUAUUAGUGAAUUGCGCCAUCACUUGUCGAGUUCCUGAAAGGAAUGAGAUUGUAAUGACAGGGACAGCUACUCUUCUUGCCCCAAAGUCAGCCAGGAGAAAGAAAGUCAACCCCAAUUCAGAAGAAACUUGAAAACAAGGUGUCAACUAUGAAACAGAUCAUUUGCAAAAUAAUUAGCACUGUCCUUGAGACAAGACUGUUGUACUAUUGGUAAAUUUUACCAUAUUUUGGUUUCUGCAAGCUCUAUCAGAAUUCUUCUGUUGAGUUGAUGGUUAAAGUCGAGUCACUGAGAAUAUGUGAUGUACCACCAUAGAUGGAGCUAUUGCAGUGUACUCAUGUAUCCCAAGGAUAUAUAUAUGUGGUGGUGGUUAUUUUACCUGACUGCUAAGAAAGCAUAAAUGCUUGUUAGUAAGCUACCAGACGGCCGACAGCUUGAAAACAAGAUGUCAACAAAGAAAUGAAACAAAGAGAGUAAGAUAAAACCAGUACCGGUAUGUGAAUUUUAAAUCUGCUUACACCUGGUCAAAAGAUCAUGUCAAAAACAGGAAUAAGCCCCAAAAUUUGAUAUGAUAUUAUGAUACUCAUUAUGUGCAAUAGCUCACUGAUUAAAUCAGUGAUCGUGAUACUAGGUGCUGGUUCAAAAGCUGAAAUACAAAACGAAACAACCUGCAUAACGUUAGGACUUCUAAUUAUGUACUGAUCACUCAAUUAACUGUUCAUGAAUUCAUGUCAGAGAGUUAGAUUGUUAAUAAUCAUGUGGUUUUAGUUACUGGUACAUUAUAUCUCCUUUAAACAAAUCGCGUAGUAUUAGUCAUCUAUUACCCAGUCUCUUUGGAAGGAAGUAAACUGUAUGGUCUCUGUAUGAUUCUGUACGAAUAUAUUCAUGCAAUAUUCAAGUGAAAUAAAUGGCAGUCUGUCAAAUUAGGUUACAUGUAAUAGGAAAACAUGGGUAUAACUCUGCUCUAAUCACUAGCAGAACGAGUUAGAGUUAUAUCUAUCUGAUGGUUGAUAUGUCAAAGUUAAUAAUUCAUAAUAUCACCCUUUGAGAUUCUGUCAAAGUAUUGAAGGCAAUGACACAUUUGCCUGUUCAGAGCCAGAAGGGUAUUGACUCUAUUAUAGUGUAUUAUAAAUAGAUAUCCACGGUGCCAAACAGAUUCUUUCUUCUUGUCUUGUGAAAACUUUCAUGAUUGUAGGGGAAUUCAAAUGUGAUGUCUUCCUGGAAAAAGUACAACAUAUAUGUACAUGUAUUCAUUUACUGAAAAAAGGCUUUUGUGCAUAUACUGCAUAAUGAAAUGAUCACAAACAAAAUCAAA